UCCGCCUCGGUUAACCUGGACUACCAAAUCAAACAAACAGCGAACAACUCAUAAACUCAGUGUUCAAUAAUGUACCCUCAUUUUCUUUUGGUUGGAACGACGCUUUCAACACUGUAACGUUAAAUUAAAAUAAAAGCCGCCGCAAUGUAAAUUAAUGGGCUAACCAGAUUAGCUAACGUUAACUCUGCCUGCAGUAAAAUCACUACUCACCACCAGCCGUCGUCGGUGUGGAUAUGACAGCAAUGAUUUCUUCCUGUUUGUCAGCCUGCCCAACUUUGUGGCUUUGUAAUGCAACUCACUAAAGAGUAAAACCACUGUAUCAUCCGCAGGUUUUCAAUUGCCCGUGUCUCGUGAAUGCAGCUGACCAUUUAAUUUAAACCUCACGUGCAGCAUCAAAACACUGCUCGUUCUUGGACGAACAGCUUUGACAGUAGCCUUUCGAGGUUGUCGUGUUCGCCGACUGUUUUUUUCAAAUUCGGACUCGAUUAAGCGUUAAUAACGACUAAUGUUAAUGCUUACACUUAUUAUCAAAAACUAAGCCAAAACAUGCCUGCACUGUUGGGUCAAAAUAGGUAUGCUUAUUUCAUUACAGUUAUAAACACUAAUAGCUUACGAUUUGGCACCCAUGAAACAUAAAACCAAAUCCUUCAUUUUGCACCGGGGGAUUGUGGGUAUUGAGGUAGGACGGUAUCACGUUGUGGAUCCAGCAUGGCAGGGAAACAGAAAAGGAAAUUAGAAGACCUCAGUCUGGAUGAGUUCCUGCUGUCAGGCGCUUUUGAUUCUGCAGGUGAAGAUGAAUCUGAAGAAGAGACUUACAGACAGAAUGGACUCAAUAAAAAGAAGAAAGGUCUGAAAUCUGCAACCUCUAAUACUGAUGAACACAAGAAAGGCAAGGCCUCUGAGCAUAAGGACCAGCUGUCCAGGUUAAAGAACAAAGACCCAGAGUUCUACAAGUUUCUGCAACAGAACGACCAAACGCUCCUAAACUUUGAUGACACAGACAGCUCUGAGGAUGAGGAUGAGAAAAAGUACCACAGAUUGCCAUCCGCACUGGAGGAGGCCAGCUCUGGUGACGACGAUGAAGAUGAUGAGGAGGGUCAGAAAGCUUCGAAGAAAUCCAAGAAGGCAGUGGAGAUUAUCAAAGUCACAGACAAAAUGAUUGAAGACUGGAAAGCAGCUAUGAAGAAGGAACCCACCCCUCGUCUCUUCAGAGAAGUCACCCAGGCCUUUAAGGCUGCCGUGGCUACAACCAAGGGUGAAGGAGGAGCUCAGUGUCGAUACAAAGUGGCUGACAGUUCAGUGUUCAACGCCUUGGUCCUGUUCUGUAUCAGAGAUAUUUAUGUGGCCCUGCAGAGGAUGCUCAACCUGAAGCCAGAGAAAGACCAGAAAAAGCUAGUGCUCCCAUCGUCUAGUCCAAAGUGGCAGAAGAAUCAGAUCGACAUCAAGAUGUAUCUCAGUGGAGUAGUUCAGCUGUUAUCCUGUCUCACAGAGGCUACGGUCAUCAGCGCUGUCCUGCGGCACGCCAACCAGCUCGUACCUUAUUACCUUUGUCUACCCAAACAGUGCCGUCACCUGGUUAAGCAACUGAUGAAGCAGUGGAGCACGGGGGAAGAGACAAGUCGGGUUCUCGCCUUCCUGGCCCUCAACAAAAUCUGCAGACACAAGCAGGAAACAUAUCUUAACCCUAUUCUCAAGCAAAUGUACAUUUCCUACGUACAAAACUGCAAGUUCACAUCUCCCAAUGCACUGCCCAUGAUCAACUUCAUGCAGCGAACUCUAACAGAGAUGUACUCCCUGGACACACAAGCCUCUUACCAACAUGCUUUUGUCUACAUCCGACAGCUGGCCAUCCACCUCAGGAACGCCAUGACCAUGAAGAAAAAGGAAACGUACCAGUCGGUGUAUAACUGGCAGUACAUGCACUGUCUGUACCUCUGGUGUCGAGUCCUCAGCACCUUGCACCCCAGUGAUGUACUCCAACCUCUCAUCUAUCCACUCUGCCAAGUCAUAAUUGGCACCAUCAAACUGGUGCCCACAUCAAAAUAUUACCCCCUGAGGAUGCACUGUUGCAGAGCCCUCACCCUGCUGUCUAGCAGCACCAACACAUAUGUACCUGUUCUGCCUUUCCUUGUGGAGAUCUUCCAGCAGGUGGACUUCAACAAGAAACCAGGGAGAAUGAGCAAGAAACCCAUCAACUUUGCAGUCAUCCUGAAGCUUAGCAAGGUCAACCUAAUGGAGAAAGCCUACAAGGACGGGUUGAUUGAUCAGCUGUAUGACCUGAUACUGGAGUACUUCCACACUCAGGCCAGCUCCAUCGGCUUCCCUGAGCUCGCCUUGCCCACCAUCAUUCAGCUGAAAGCAUUCCUGAAGGAAUGCAAAGUGGCCAAUUACUGCAAGCCGGUGCGCCAGCUGCUGGAGAAGGUACAGGAGAACAGCAGCCACAUCACAGGACGGAGACAGAAGGCUGCUUUCGGAGUGGCUGAUGCCGCUGCUGUGGCGGCUUGGGAAAAGCAGAUCCAGGAGGAGGGGACUCCACUCAGCAGGUACUACAGCCAGUGGAAGAAGUUGAGGGAGAAGGAAAUCCAACUGGAGAUAUCUGGCAAAGAAAGGAUGGAGGAUCUGGACCUCCCUGAGAUCAAACGUAGGAAGAUUCAGGAGAAGAAGACGGAGGACAAGAAGGAGUUCAAGGAUCUGUUCCAGUCUGACAGCGAAUCAGACGAAGAUGAUGCAGGAUUCAAAAUCAAAGGUAAAAAAUGCAGCCGUGGGUCUGAUGAGGAGGAUGAUCUUGAAGAUCUGUCUGACAUGAGCGAUGACGAGGGGAUGGAGGGCGGAGACUCAGAUGAUGAGGAGGAAGGGGAAGCCUCCAAGGCUCCUCAGCCGCUGUCCUCCUCUGCUCUGAUAAAGCUGGCAGAAGGAGACGAGGAUCUGGUGGAGGACCUGGAGCUGUCCGAUGAUGACUGAGGUUCAUGGAUGCACACAGACUCAAGCUCACCUGAGAGACAUUUGUGCUCUCUGCUUUACCAACCAUCUAAACUUAGAAUGAUAUUGGACUUUUUGAUAUUUUCUUUGUACUGUACAGGUGAAGUAAUACAAAAUCAAACAUGUUCUUGAUGUAAUUUUGACACUUUGAAAUUGUAAAAAAAAAAAAAGAGAGCGCUGUUCAAGAACCCAGAUUGUUUUCCUUGUUUUUUUUUUUCUCGCGCUUUUUUUAAAUAUGCUAAUUAAUUGAAGCGUGUACGUGCAUGUUGAUGCACGAGUGCACCUGAACAGAGUCAUUUGUGUCUCCGUACAUGUGCACACCUGUAGAUACCCUCAGGCUUUGUGAGGACGGGCUAUUUGGAGAGUGCUACGAGCCUCAUCGAGCCGGCCAAAAGGGGAGGUGGGGGUACAGAGAGUGUUGAGCCCUGAGGCAGCAGUGCUGUGCCAGGCUGGCAGGGUGGCGUGUGAUGCUGUGCCAAGACUCUCUGCCCAGGUGGUAGAGCAGCAACACAGGCUGGUCUGUUUCUGUGCCAACUCCUCACCCACCCCCGCCCAGACCACUGUCUUUUCUGUCUGUGUAUUCAAGUGCACAGACACCACUUUCCUCCUACCAACUUCUCCCCUUAUUUUUUUCUUGGCUUCACUACACAUUUCGGCAGCAUUCACCGCCAAACUAAAGGUGAUAAUGGCCUUUUGUUUGGUGAGCAAUUAUUGCAUGCAUUCACUGGUGUACAAUGCAGGCCAGAUGAGUUGUAUGACAUGGAUUUAAAUGCCACAAUGAAAAUCUGACUUGAGAAACAA